AUGACCAUGUUGAGUAAGGUUAACAACGAUGCGAUCAAUGAAAAUUUGAAGAAACGAUUUGAGAAUCAUGAGAUCUAUGUAUGUAAUUUUGUAAUUAUAAGGACUAAUGUCUCACGUUUAGUCGAGGUUGAAUUGACCUAUAUUGGGCAUGUGUUGAUAAGCGUGAAUCCUUUCAAGGAUCUAGGAAUAUAUACGGAUGAGAUUUUAAAGAGUUAUACCGGAAAGAACCGUCUUGAGAUCAUGCAAUAUAUUGCGACUGUGAGUGGUGGAAGGUCAUCUUCAAUUCAAGAGAUCAAAGAGAUGGUUUUGGCCACCAACCCUCUACUAGAAAGUUUUGGUUGUGCUAAGACUCUUAGGAAUAAUAACUCAAGUCGUCAUGGUAAAUAUUUGGAGAUCCAGUUCAACCUCAGUGGCGAACCAGUUGGUGCAGUGAUUACUAAUUAUUUGUUGGAAAAGGGUCGUGUUGUUGGCCAAAUCGAGAACGAGCGUAAUUUCCAUAUUUUCUAUCAAUUCACCAAAGCAGCAUCCGAUGAAUAUCGAGAACAAUUCGGUAUUCAGGGGCCCGAAAGUUACUUGUAUACCAGCAAGAGUCAAUGUUUAGAUGUAGACGGAAUCGAUGAUGCUAAAGAUUAUUCAGAUACUCUGGAUGCGAUGAAUGUCAUUGGCCUCACGGAAGCUGAGCAGUUUGAUAUUUUUAGGAUGUUGGCUAUAAUUUUAUGGUUAGGAAAUGUUGAAUUUGAAGAAGAUGAUAAUGGAAAUUCGGCCAUUAGCGAUGAGAGCGUCACGAAUUUUAUCGCUUACAUAAUGGAGGUUGACGAAGACGCGUUGAAAAAGGUUUUGACUAGUCGUAUGAUCGAGACAGCACGUGGUGGGCGUAGAGGUUCGGUGUACGAUGUCCCACUGAAUCUAGUUCAGGCCUCUGCCGUGCGAGACGCCCUUGCAAAAGCAAUUUAUAACAACCUGUUCGAAUGGAUUGUGGAUCGCGUAAACUCUGCUCUACGUUCUCGAACUGCUUCGUCUUAUGUUAUCGGUGUUCUUGACAUCUAUGGUUUUGAAAUCUUUGAGGAGAAUAGUUUUGAGCAAUUGUGUAUCAACUAUGUCAACGAGAAGCUUCAGCAAAUUUUCAUCGAGCUCACUCUCAAGACCGAACAAGAGGAGUAUGUCAGAGAGAAAAUUAAGUGGACGCCUAUUGAGUUCUUCAAUAACAAAAUCGUCUGCGAUCUUAUUGAAGAGAAACGUCCGCCAGGAAUCUUUGCUGCGUUGAAUGACGCGUGUGCCACUGCCCACGCGGAUUCGAGUGCUGCAGACAAUUCUUUUGUACAGAGACUUGGAUCCCUGAGCUCUAACCCUCAUUUCGAGUCAAGAGGAAGCAAGUUCUUGAUAAAGCAUUACGCAGGUGAUGUGUACUAUUCUAUACCCCAGAUGACCGACAAGAAUAAGGAUCAGCUGGUGAAAGAUUUGUUGGAGUUGAUAGCAGGCAGUGGCAAUCAAUUUUUGAAUAAGAUUUUCCCACAUCAGGUUGAUCGAGAUUCGAAGAAGCGACCCCCUACGGCUAGCGAUAAGAUCAAGUCGUCAGCAAACGCGCUGGUGAAUAAUCUUAUGCAGGCACAGCCAUCAUACAUACGUACCAUAAAACCCAAUCAAAACAAGAGUCCCACCGAAUACGAUCAGAAGAUGGUGCUGCAUCAAAUAAAGUAUCUUGGUUUGAACGAAAACAUCAGAGUCAGACGUGCGGGUUUCGCGUAUAGGCAGACGUUUGAAAAGUUUUUAGAAAGAUUUUAUUUGCUGUCAAAGAAGACGUCGUACGCGGGUGAAUGUAUUUGGCAGGGGGAUCCAAAAUCUGGUUCCGAACGUAUCUUAAAAGACUGCAAUAUCGCAUCCGAAGAAUGGCAGAUGGGAGUGACCAAAGUGUUCAUUCGCCAUCCCGAAACUAUUUGGGCGCUCGAACACCUACGGGACCGAUACUGGCACAACAUGGCUUUACGAAUACAACGCGCCUACCGAAACUACGUCAGGUACAAAAAUGAAUGUGCCAUUCGCAUACAAAGAUGCUGGAAGAAAAACAAAGAUCAGAUCAUUUACGUGCAAUUACGUGACUACGGCCAUCGAAUCUUGGAUGCACGUAAGGAGAGGCGAAGAUUUAGCUUAUUGAGCAUGAGAAAAUUUAUGGGUGACUAUUUAAAUGUUGGAACGGGCGGAGGUAGCGGAGAGGCUAUUAGAAAUGCCUCAAGUGAAACGGUGGCAUUCAGCAGUAAGAUUCGACUUUUGGUCCCGCGCCUUGGUCGAUCCAGCAAGCUGGAUGCACGAAUCUUGGUUUUGACAGAUAGCGCCAUAUAUAUUGUAGUUACGCGAAUCGAUAAGAAACUUUUAACGAUGGCCGUUGAAAGAACCAUACCUCUGGUGUCAAUAACAAAGGUCAGUCUAUCAAAUCUUCGAGAUGAUUGGGUAGUCAUUCACAUAAACAACCCAACAAAAGAGUCAGGAGACCAUCUAUUCUCGUGCUACUUUAAAACCGAGUUUUUGGUGCACCUAUUGCAACGCACGAAAGUUGAAGUCAACAUAACGUCAAACAUCGAAUACGCGAAAAAAAUUGGAAAAACAGCAAACAUUUCUUUUGCCAAGGAUGAAAAUGUCAAGAAAGACGACAUGUACAAGAGUCAUAAGGUGCUCGUGUCUACGGGCGAGCCGGCGAAUAGUUUGUCAGACCCUCCGUGUUCGAGAAAGGAAGCUCCGUCGAAGCCCAAAGCCGGUGGUGCCAGUAAAAAGAAUGUGAGAGCAAACGUAAAACCAGCAUCUAAGGGGGCACCAAUUGGUUCGGCAAAACCGAAAGCUCCUCAAACAUCUUCAGUUUCGAUACCUAGUUCCACGGAAAAUCUUUCCCGAAAGGUGUCGAUCACGAAUAAUCGUCCACCACCGCCACCCCCGUCGAGGAAUCCAACGUAUAAAGGAAUUUACGAUUUUGUAACGGAAGAUCCUGGUGAGUUGUCAUUCAGGAAAGACGAGAUCUUAGAGAUAACGGAGAAGGAUGAUAACGGGUGGUGGUUAGCGAAGAAAGACAACGAACAAGGGUGGGUACCUAGUAAUUAUUUGGAGGAGGUUAAGAUAGCCGCGCCGAAACCCGCUCCCAUUCCAGCAAAACGUAGACCACCUCCACCUCCGGCAUCAACCCAACAGCAAAAACCUCAAGGGAGGGUGGCUCCGUCCAAAAAUUCAAGGAAGGACGAAGAGGAUGAUGGCAACGGCGAAUCGACAAAUUAUGCCGGUGGUAAAGCGAGGGGUGGAUAUGGAAAUGAGAAAAGCGCACCGGUAUCAGUUUUUCCGGGAAUGGGAUCCGGAGGAUGGAAAGCUGCCUUGGAAGCUAAAAAGGCAGCCACAAAGGCGUCCGAAAACUUGAGUGUUGACGAAGAAACCGAACGCAAGUCCACGAGACGUACCUCAACCGAUGGUCGCAAACCAGUGCCAGCCUACUCCAGACCUAAUAUUCCACCUAAACCUUCAGCAUCUGGAGAUAGGCCUGCAGCUCCGCCAAGACCUGGAUCAAAGGUAAUUAUAUAUGCAUAUAAAUCCCGGGGCUCCACUCAGCACACAGCAAAGUCUUGCUGA